AUGCUAGCAGGAAAUUGUGGUACUGACCAAUUUGCAUGCCUGACGGGAUACCAAUGCAUUCCGGAAGAGUGGGUUUGUAACUACCUACCAGAUUGUGCAGAUGGUAGUGAUGAAGAAGACUGUGGUACCCAACUUCCUGAAAUUAAUACAAAUAGUGAAAUAGAAGUGAUUGAGUAUUCAACCUAUGUCACUAUCGAAGAUAGUGUAGGACAAAUAGAAGGAGACAGUGUUGCAGAAAGUUCUUUACUACCUGCAGACAGAAGUGAAUUCCAAUUAGCCACAGAACGAUUGUAUACUUCUCCGUACCAAGAAAGUGAAGUUUUUGAAGGCACAGAACACUUUUUGCCAACUGAUGAAACAGGAGAAGUUACAUAUUUUACAGCAACUGAUGGAGGUGAAUUUCAAUCAGUUGAAGAAGAAACAUAUACUCCUGUAUAUGAAGGAAGUGGGACAAAUGAAGGCACAGAAAACUUUUUGUUACCUGGUAGAAGUGAUUUUUUUACAACACAAAGAGUAACUUCGGUCAUAGAAAGCAUUUCUUUUCCGGAUUCUGGUAGAGAAGCAAAACGCCGUAAAAAACGGCAGGUGGUGAAUACAGCAGGAAAUUGUGGUACUGACCAAUUUGCAUGCCUGACGGGAUACCAAUGCAUUCCGGAAGAGUGGGUUUGUAACUACCUACCAGAUUGUGCAGAUGGUAGUGAUGAAGAAGACUGUGAGUGCAAUGGAUUCGAGUGUAUAGAAGAUGGUGGAUGUAUCUAUUUUGGCCAAGUUUGUGAUUUCGAAGAUGAUUGUGUGGACGGAUCUGAUGAAUCGGUCGAUAUCUGUGGUGAAAGCCAUGAAUGUGACCCCGAGGAGUAUUUUGUGUGCUUGACGCAAGCAGGCUGUAUUGAAAGAGAAUGGAUGUGUGACGGCGAGGGCGAUUGUCCUGAUAAUUCCGACGAAAUAUUCUGCACAUGUAACGGCUUUCAGUGCCUGGAUUAUAGUCGUUGUUUGUAUGCUACUAUUCGCAUCUGUGACGGCGAACGGGAUUGUGAUGAUAACUCCGACGAAAGCUACUGUACUCCUGAAUUAUAUCCGUGCUUUAGUAACCCAUGUGACUCGGUGAGGUCAAUGUGCGUGUCCAAUAUCGGCGAAAAUUUGAACUACACCUGCGAAUGCAUGUACCCGUGGUUCGGUGAUGAAUGCUUAGAUUGCAUUGGUUUUGUAUGUGCUAGCGGUGACGAAUGUGUACUGUAUGACAGUUGGGUCUGUGACGGCAUUCCAGAUUGUCACGAUAUGUCAGAUGAGGUUAAUUGUUCUGCUAUUUGUCAUCAUAAAUGUAGCAGCAGUCAAGAAUGUGUUGCCGAGUUCUUAGUAUGUAACAACUUUCCAGACUGCGAUGAUGGGUCUGACGAGUUUCACUGCGGUGAUCCUUCUCAAAUGUGUAAUCCGGGUGAAAUUCGAUGCAACUCUGAAGACACUACAUGCGUCAAACUGGCUUAUGUCUGCUCAUGCUCAGUAAAUUCCGAGGCGUACAAGUUAUUUUGUCCACAAGCCGGCAUUAAUAAUACUCUAUAUUCGUGUCCAGUUGAUUACUUCUUGUGCGAAUCUGGCGGAUGUAUACAUAAAUAUGGGGUUUGUAACACAGCGUAUGAUUGCUAUGACCAAAGUGAUGAAGUAGAUUGUUAUGGUGUAGGUGGAGACAUUGUCGAUCCUUUUCAUACUGGAUGGAGUGAUCCCUAUUCAAAUGUUACAACGGAUCAAAGCAUCUAUCAAAGUUUUAUUGACACCUUCUACAAGGACCUACAAUUUGAUCGAGUAAAAGGCUUUUCUCCUGCGGAUUGGCAUGGUUUCUUAGCUUUCAGUUCGGCUGCAGAUUAUAGCGACGCUGAAGGCGUACUUAAGCUAACCAAUGAAGAGAUUUCGGUGCUUGGUCAUCAGGCCGAAGAUUUCAUUCUAGAGUGUACUUACGAUCAAGUUGAAUGCAGUAGAGAUGUAUUCUAUAAAACCCAAAAUGACAAGUAUGGCAAUUGCUUCACAUUCAAUGAUCCAAGAAAAUUGAAUAGUACUUACCAUUCAACAAGAACGGGCGCUAGUAACGGUUUGAAACUGACGCUAAACAUUGAACAAUCGGAAUACAUCAGUCUAUUUGGGAAAGACGCUGGAGUGCGGGUAGCAAUUAGCCCGUCAUAUAAACCAGAAUACCCAGAUGAGGACGGUAUAACGGUACAGCCGGGUGUAAUUACGUCAAUCGGCUUACGUUAUAAUUUUAUAUCAAGAUUGUGGACAAAAGGCGGAAACUGUACUACAGGAAUUGAUGAGAUUGCUCAAUACUUAGCCAACGACGACCCUUUCUUUGCCGGUUUCGACACGUAUGAUGAGAGGACAUGCCAGAAAAGAUGCAUUAAUCAGUACAUUACGAGUUUAUGUGAUUGCACAGAUACGUCAGUUGUUGAUGGAACACCCUGCAAUUUACUUCUCAAAGAUCAAGAUGUUUGCAGACAGUUAAUGUACCACUUGUAUCAGCAAGAUGCUUUAAAUUGUAAUUGCCUACAGGCGUGCGACGAGGUUUACUAUUCGACAACAAUAUCACAAUCAGUCUGGCCUUCAAAUGUUUACCUGGAAUCACUGAAGAGGAUCAUCCACACGGAAAAUUCAAAAACAAAAGUCUUACAAUCUAAGGAGGAUAUAAGGGAAAAUCUGGUUAGACUUGAAAUUUACUACGAGGAGUUGAAUUACGAAAGUACUGUAGAAUCAUCAGCAUAUGGGGCUCCCGAUCUUUUUAGUGAUUUAGGAGGAACUGCAGGACUUUAUCUAGGGUUGUCUGUUAUCAGCAUUUUGGAGUUUUUUGAACUGGCAUACGUUAUUAUACAAUACAUGUGCCGCAGAUUAAAGAGGAGCAUCAGACAAAGGCUGGAUGCUGCAAAGACAUUGGAGCAUGAAAAGAUGGAAAGUCAGCGGUACUGUGGGCGGCCGCGGGUGCCACCAAAUAACUAUUAUAACUUUAGAUUCCGGUAAAUAUUAAUGAUUAGACAACAGUGUACUUCAUAAAUGGCGAAUUAUUUUUACAGUACAGUAGAGAUCAAUUCACAAAUAAAAAAAUGCAAUAUAUUGAAAAAGUUCAUUAUAUUAUGCGAUCUUUUCAAAUCAAGUUAUAAUGUAAACAAUAUACUGUAGAAUUAAUUAGUACUAUAUAAUAUUUUUGUACUAGCCAGGAUUCCGUGGUGGUCUUAUUUGACAAAUCUAAGUAAUAGUAAUGGUGACUAAAGAUGACAAUAUUUUCCUUCGGCAAUACUUAAUAUUUAACGGCAAUAAUAGUUUAAAUAAUAGUAAUUACUGAUAAUUGCAGGCCUACUGCUUGACAUUAAUUAAUCAUUCAUAUUCGCAUACUAGCCAUAUGCUGAUAAUCAAUAGUCAACGAUCAUUAGGCCUAAAUAGUUACUGUAUGGUAGUAACAUUAAUACUUAGGUAAGUACUCACAAUAUGAACCAUAAUGAAGGGUGCGAUAGAUGAAGUCAAAUACAUUUAUGAUACUGCCCUCUCGCUUCAUAUAAUAAGUAAUUAGUACAGUGACUCUACUAUUUUCAAAUUAGAUUGCAAAAUAUUAAUACGUUCGUUCGAUUAUUUUGCAUACAUAAUCGAAUAUGAAAAAUAAAACGUAAAGUAAAUAAUGCUAAGCGAUUGUUGGAGUAAUAGUAAAUACGGUAUAUUACAGAUAAAUGCCACAAAACAGCGUACGAUAUUUACUUUUAUUAAAUAUAAUAUGAAUUUUAACUAUUAUACAACAUAAAGCAAAAUGAUUAUAUACCAAAAGUUCUGUAUUAUUAGCGACACCAUAUUUA